AUGCAUCUGAUAGCGAACGCCCUCCGAAUCCUGGCCAUUACGGCUCUGACAACCCUGUCGGUUGCAAGUCAUUGCCCGCAAGGUUCACCAACAGCCAGAACCAAAAACGGAACACUCUGCGGCGUGCAUCUACCUUCAUUCUCCCAGAAUGCUUUCCUCGGCGUCCCAUUCGCCCAGCCACCGGUCAACGACCUCCGACUACGGCACCCUGUUCCAUACAAUAAGCGAUACACGGCAUACCCUGCAACUACACAGCCAGCCAACUGUCCCGGCUACGCCGGAUUCGAAGUCGGCAUUGGCCCGUUGAGCGAGGACUGUCUCUACCUCAACGUUAUUGUCCCGGACACUGCUUCCCCGCAGGAGUCGCUGCCCGUACUAGUCUGGAUCUACGGUGGUGGCUUCACAGCCGGCGGGGUGGCGGACCCCCGAUACAACAUGUCGUAUAUCGUGCAGCAGUCCGCAGCAAUCGGAAAACCAAUCAUCGGCGUGAGCAUCAACUACCGCGUUGCGGGGUGGGGGUUCCUCGCGUCGAGGGAGGUUCUUGCGGCUGGUGCGGCCAAUAUCGGACUGUAUGACCAGCGGCUUGCGCUGCGGUGGAUCCGCGAGAAUAUUGCGGCUUUUGGCGGCGAUGCAGAGAAAGUUGCUAUCUGGGGUGAGAGCGCGGGGGCAUUCAGCGUGGGCUACCACCUUGUUGGAUUUGAUGGGGAGAAUGAGGGUCUAUUCCGCGCGGCGAUCAUGGAUAGCGGGACGAUGCUAGGGCCUGCGCUUCAGGAUAAGGAGCUUAUUGUGGCGGAGGAUGGGUUCCAGGCGAUGUAUGAUAAUGUUACGGAGACGGUGGGGUGUAAGGGUGCGGAGGAUACGCUGGCGUGUUUGCGGACGGUGCCGUACGAGGUGCUGUUUGAGGCGUUUAAGCCGCAGAUCUAUACUCCUGUUAUUGACGGGGAGUUUAUCACGCGCAAGCCGAGUCAAACUCUUGCGCUAGGUAAGGUUGCAGAUGUCGCGGUGCUGGCUGGGGCGAAUACGGAUGAGGGGACGGCGAGUUUCUGGGGUCCGAGGGGGACGCUAAAUACCACUGUUGACGUUGCUGCGUAUAUCCGUACGCUGAACGGUGGUGGAUUGAGCGACGAGGAUGUUGAGGAACUGCUAGCACUUUAUCCUGAUGAUCCUACGCAGGGCUGCCCGUACGGCACUGGUUCUGAGCGAUUCGCCAGUCAGGGCUGGAUGUACAAGCGAGGGGCUGCCAUUGCGGGCGAUAUAUUCGUGCAUGCUGGCCGGCGCGGUCUAGUGGAAUACUAUGCGCAAAAGAACAAUGCCAAACACAAACACCAACAGAAGCCGGUGUACAGUUAUCGGUUCGACCAGCCGCCCUGGAACGGGGUUUUGGAGCUGAUUGCGACGGUGCCGCCAGUUUACAGCACACACUACGCGGAGCUCAUCUUUGUGUUUAACAAUCCGUCGCAGAAGCUGUCCAACUAUAUCGGACCGUAUCCCUCCUUUCAUCAGCUGUCCGAGUUCAUGUCCCGGUCUUGGGCCUCUUUUGUGCAUGACCUGGAUCCGAACGGGCAUGCGGUGGACGGUGCUCCAUAUUGGCCACGAUAUGAACAGUCGAAACCGCAGAAUAUCGUCUUUCGUACCGUGGACAGGUCCAACGGGAGUGGGAGCUACGUUGAAGAGGAUACCUAUAGAAAGGAUCAGCUGAAGUGGUGGAAUGCGCACUGGUCUGCCUUGAGAUGUUGA